AUGGUAUCGAAACGCGAUGAGAAGGGACCGGCCAAGGGUGAACCGACCAGGAAGAAAAGCAAGACCAGUAAGCCUUCAACUACACAAGCUGUCAAAGAUGUGAAAAGUACUAAGAAAGCUGAAGUUAAGCAUUUCAAAAAACCCAAAAAAACAGUGAAAAUACUCUCCAAGAAUAUCAAUUACUCUUUAUGUAUUCCAGUGAGCAUACUGGACAGCUGCAAAAACUUGGAGCAGAUCACGCAUGUUGUGUAUCAAGUAGCCAAGAGUGCGAUUUUUUUCAACGCUGGUGAAAUUGUGAUCCUUGAUUUAGGACGCAAAACUAAGCAAAUCUCUAGUGACAGUCGUGACCACAAAUUGUCUCCUACGCUUCUGAUAGCUUCACUUUUGCAAUUUUUCGUUACACCUCCAUACUUGGUAAAAUCGGUCUUCAAGAAAGAGUACCAAGAAUGCCUACAAAUUGCUUCUAAGCUGCCGCGUAUUUCUGCGUUGCCCUUCAUGAGAUAUUUGAACGACGAUAAAGGUCGUUUUCGUGAAGGUUUGGCUGUCACAAUGGAUAAACCAGGACAAACCAAUACCAAAGCUAAGGGUAAGAAAAAGGCAUACGAUCAAACAAAGUAUAUCAAUGUAGGCAAGAGCGAUAUGAUCGAGCUGCGAGGCCAACUUGUGCCAGCAAAUGUUCGUGUGACCGUUGAUGUUGAGGAGCGCAAAGUGGUUUCUCCAACAGAAGCCUAUGGCGACUACGUGGGGGCACAAUCAUCUUUCGGUUACCACGUUCGUGUUGCUAAAAACUUCGGCGACAUCUUCACGCAAAGCGCCCUACCAGAAGGAUAUACUCAGUCCGUGUGGGUAAACAGUGGUGACUAUUAUCACAAUGCCGAGCUUGCAAAGAAUGUCAAAUUGGCUUCCAAGAUACCGCGAAUCGAAAAGAUAUUGAAGCCAACGGCGGAAGAAAUUGAGAGCGGAGACGCUGAAAAGCCAGCCAACUUAAUGGUAGUUUUCGGCAAGUGGGACCACUUGUCCCAAAGUUUCAAGCAGUGUGGUGAUAUGUUCGAGAAUUGUGAAGGUGCACACCAGUUUUUUGAUGGCCAACUGCAGCUACCAGGCGCGGUUCCAGAGGCCAACAUUGGAAUCCAAGAUAGCUGCAUGAUUGCGUUGACAAUGCUUGCAACUUUGUAG